AUGGCCGACAGUGUUGUCGCUGUCCUCAUAGAGUACUUGUCCGGUCUACUCAAAGAUGAAGCAAAUUUCCUUGAUGGAGUGGAGGAUAGAGUCAACUCACUUAUUGCAGAGCUCAGUUUUAUAAAUAUCUUCUUGAAGAACUCUGAGGGGAAACGGAACGAUGAAAUAGUGAAGGAGGUAGUCCGGCAAAUCAGGGAUGUCUCUUACGAGGCUGAGGAUGUGAUCGACAGUUUCAUGAACCAGGUCGCGGAACACAGGAGGAGGAGCGCGAUGGGGAGGAUAAUUCAUAGCCCCUUUCUCGCAAAUAUGCGUCGAAAUGUUGGAAGGAAGAUAGUAGGCAUCAAAGAGAAAAUCAACGAAAUUUACAACAAUAAGGAAAGGUAUGGCAUUGAAAGGGCCGAAGCUACUGUAAAUACAGUGGAGGAAGAGGCAAUCCAUAAACAUAGGAGAGAAGUCGAGGAAGACGACGUGGUGGGCUUUGUUCAUGACUCAACGACAUUGGUGGAGCAACUUACUAAUUGGGAUCCAAAGCUUGAUGUCAUUUCAAUCAUCGGAAUGGGCGGGUUGGGCAAGACCACUCUCGCCAAAAAAAUAUACAAUAAGCUUCGUGUCACAAGACACUUUAACUGUCAUGUAUGGGUGUACGUAUCUCAAGAUUUCGGAACCAAGGAGUUGUUGCUAAAGAUUUUAAAGGAGUUGGCCCAGUUGAGAAUCAAAUUUGAAGACAAGAGUGUCGAUGAGUUAAAAGAGGAGUUGGUCAAAUAUUUGAAAGAAAAGAGAUACCUAAUAGUCAUGGACGACAUCUGGACAACUGAAGUAUGGGAUGAGGUAAGAUCUGCUUUUCCUGAUAUCUCCAAUGGAAGCAGAAUAUUGAUAACUAGUCGGAAUAAAGAAGUGGCUUCACAUGCAAGCCUUACUCCUCCAUACUUUCUUCCAUUUCUUAACAAAAAUGAGAGCUGGGAACUCUUUAGGAAAAAGGUGUUUCAAAGAGGAACAUGUCCUCUUGAAUUAGAAACUAUGGGGAGACAAAUCGCAGAAGACUGUUGUGGUUUGCCUCUUUCAAUUGUGGUAUUAGCGGGCAUUUUAGCAAAAAAAGAGAAGUCACUCCACAUAUGGUCGAAAUUUGUUGGUGAAGUAACUAGUUUCCUAAUUACUCGUGAAGAGGAUACACCUAUUUGCCAAAAAAUACUUUUCUUGAGCUAUAGUAAUCUGCCUAGGCGCUUGAAACCAUGCUUCCUAUAUUUUAGUAUAUACCCAGAAGACUUCGAGAUCCCAAUAAGGUCAUUGAUGCACCUGUGGGUAGCGGAGGGUUUCGUACAAUACACUGGCCAUAGAUUCCCGGAGGAUGUUGCUGAAAUCUACUUGGAAGAGCUCAUUGAUCGAAGCUUGAUCCAAGUGGCAAGUAGGAGGAUAGAUGGAGGAGUAAAGACAUGCCGUAUCCAUGAUCUUUUGCGAGAACUUUGCAUAUCAGAGAGUGCGAAAGAAAAGUUUGUUGAGGUUUAUUCAGAUUAUCAUUUAUCAACGAGAAAAUCAAUAUCCCGCAGAUUAUCGAUCCAAGGUAACAGUGGCCGAUACAUGUCUUUAAACUCCUCUGUCCCUACACAUGCUCGUUCUUUGUUCUUAUUUGGGCAAACAUCAAGGUCUGACCGUGUUACCUGGGCUUGGGUUAAAAGAAACUUCAAAUUUCUUCGGGUGAUUGAUUUCGAGGGAGAAGCAAUUUCAGAAGUAGACGUGCCCACAUUGAAUCCAACAUUUAUCCAUUUGAGGUACCUGAAGAUAAUAUACAAUAGUGUUUUACCAGAUUUCAUUGUCAACCUUACGAAUCUACAGACACUUCAUAUAGUUGCCCGUUUGAUAGAUCCUUGCGAGUCUGUAUGUUUGCCGAAAGUGAUAUUUAAGCUGCAAUCUUUAAGGAAUCUGUAUCUGCCGGAGUGGUGGACGUUACCUUGCGAUUCAGAGGAAGCUCUAGGAAACCUCAAAGUCCUUUCCAUGGUAUCAAUUGAUUACCAUAAAAACCGUAGUUUCCCUUCCGGACUGGACAAGUUUCCUAGGGUUAGGAAAUUGAAAAUACAAAUUCUAGGGACGGCGAUGCCUGAAAUCAAAGAAAUAGUUUCGUUUCCAAGCCUUCACCAUUUAGCUCAUCUUGAAAUAUUGAGAAUUGUUAGUUGGGGAAAUUUUCCUGGAAUUUCGAAUUCAAUACCAUGGAGAAUCACCAAGCUAACCUUAAUAGGUUUUACUUUCAGAGCCGGUGACAGCAUGACAGUGCUGGGAAAGCUUCCCAAUCUUCGGAUACUGAAACUAGAAGAAGAAGGUCAUGAUUUAUCUGAUACUAGCAUCCACGUCACUGCAGAUUCGUUUCCUCAACUCCAAGUCCUCAAAUUGAGUAAUUUGGCAUUGAAACAUUGGAAACAGGAGACAGGUGCAAUAUCAAGGCUUAGGCAUUUGGUUAUCAACCGCUGCAAGCAAUUUACUGGCGCACCAGAACUAUUGAGUUUGACCACUUUGGGAUCUGUGGAGGUGAUACAGAGUCCAAGCUUGGCUACAAUGAUUCGUGAAUUGCAGACGAGAGUUGGGUUUAAGCUACUGAUCAAGGAUUGA